GAGGGAGGCAGGGCCAUCACCCCCUCCGAGCCCAGCUGACCCAUGGGAACCGCAGGCCAGGAAGCUGCCAUCAUCCUGCAGGGCAAGAGAAGCACAGGCUUUUGCCCCAAUUCAUAGUCCUGUGGUUUCAAGUGCAGGAGAGGUAGACAGUGGACUCAUGGACAGGAAGGAGGCAGAGAGGCAGGCCUUGGUGGCGAGGAGUCCCUCAGAGCCCACGAGUCCUGGGAGGCCACUAAAUGCCCCUGCCCCUGAGGCCCUCCUGACAGGUGGCGGCAGUCCAGCUCCCACAGGAUGAGGUGUUUGACCAGAGGGAACGUUUACCACCCACCUGCAACGUGAGUGGUGGCCUGGGCUGCCCUGACAGGGGACAGGACGAUGCCGCGAGACCCGGGAAGGUCAGAGGCACCCCACCCCACACCUGCUCCCCUGGGGACACAAUGGGACAGACUCUGGAGCCAGACGCUGUCAGGAUUUAUGAGCGACAACAUCACAGGCAGAGCAUCCUCAUGCCGCCUGGGAGCCGGAACUGGAGGCUUCUUGAGCCUGGGAAACAGGAGCCAGGAGGGGUAUAAAAGGCCCACAUGUCUGAGCACCGCACACACACUCACACACACUCACACACACACACUCACACCUCCUCCAGCCCCACUGCCCCCACCAUGGCCGCCUCCACCCUGUCCGCCUGCUCCAGCGACCUGAGCUACGGCAGCCACGUCUGCCUGCCCGGUUCCUGUGACUCCUGCACCGGCUCCUCCUGGCAGUGGGACGACUGUCCAGAGAGCUGCUGCGAGCCCCCCUGCUGCGCCCCCAGCGGCUGCACCUCCGCGCCCCGCCUGGCCCUCGUCUGCACCCCAGCGAGCUGUGAGCCCAGCCCCUGCCUGUCAGGCUGCACCAGCUCCUGCACCUCCUCCCUCUGCCAGCCGGCCUGCUGUGCCUCCCCGUGCUCAGACUCCUGCUGCCAGCAGUCGAGCUGCCCGUCGUCCUGCUGCACCUCCUCCCCCUGCCAGCAGGCCUGCUGUGUGCCCGUCUGCUGCAGGCCCGUCUGUUGCACUCCUGUCUGCUGCACGCCCGUGUGCUGCGAGGCCUCCCCCUGCUCGGCCGCCUCGUGCUGCCAGCCCAGCCCCUGCCCCUCGUCCUGCUGCAGACCCUCGUCCUCCGUGUCCCUCCUCUGCCGGCCCGUGUGCCGCCCCGCCUGCCGCGUGCCCGUCUCCUCCUGCGGGGCCCCCGCCUCCUGCUGCCAGCCCAGCUGCUGCCGCCCGGCCUCCUGCGUGUCCCUGCUCUGCCGCCCCGCGUGCUCCCGCCCCGCCUGCUGCGUGCCCGCCUCGGCCUGCGAGUCCCGCUGCUGA